CUCCACCCCACUUGUUGUGUCUUCUCUUCUCUCUUCUUUUCUUUUCGUUUCUUUUUUGUUAUUCAAGAUAAUGUCGAUUUGGGUAUCGCCAGGCCGAAAGGAGUGAAUGGAAAUUUUUUUUAAAAAAAGGAAGAAAAAUAUGACGUAAUUAAUUAAUGACAGGAAAGAAGGGCAAAACUUGACACGGGGCUAGGCGAAUUUGUUUCACCUGUACACAGUGGCUCUGAAUUUCAGCUCUGAGAGGGAAUCCACUGAGACAGUCAAGUGCUCCAUCGAAGUCUUGAGGGAAUAGUCGAAGAAGUGGAGGGGCUGCAAGGACAAGCUCAGACACUAACUGGGCAGCGGAGCAGACAGAAGUCGAUGAAAAACAAAGGUAAAGAAAGAAAAUAUGACGGAUAGUACAUCAACUUCUUUCUUCUUCCCUUUGUAUCUUUUUAUUCUUCCCUUUAAGAAACGACUUUUUCGACGUUUUUCUUUUUUGGAGGAAGGGCUGCACGUUGUCUAUCUAGGAGAGCAAAAAGAAGAUGCCAGCAGCAGGGAUGAUGACAACUCGGGAUGGGAUAUUUUGCAGACGGAACCCGAUCAAAGACAAAUAGUUAACGAAAGCGGACUAGCAACAGGACGACGAGGGCGGGAAUUCAAUUCUACAAAGCCCAGCCGGAUAUUUUUCAGGCGACGAGGGAAGAAAUUUGGUGGUGCGAUGCGGUGCGGUGCGGUGCGUGUUGUCCAGGGCUGUCUUGGAGGCGAGAGAUUCCUGCAGUGGGGUAACCGAGAUCACCAGAUCCGGUUGGACAGUCUGGAAUUCGGGGCCCGGGAAUGGUUGGUUGGAAAUGCAGGUUUUAGUGCGAAUGGUUGGAAGGGAAAUGUGGUCCCGAGAGAGAGAGAGAGAGAGUGUAGGAUGCGAGGUGCCAGGUGCGAGGUGCGGGCUGCAAAAAAGUCGACGCUGGAGACGAGCGAUCAAUGGUAUGAGGAAUAUACGAAUGGCGACGGGAGACAGGCAAAGCGCGGUGGUGUGGUUGCAGUUGGAAGAGGGCAAAACGGUUCAGAGUGGGCGUUGCGCAGAGCUGAACGUCGCACACGGGAGUCGUGGUUGGCGAUGGAGAGGCGAUGGAAGACAAGGACGAGGACGAGGACAAGGACGGGGAUGACGGCAGCAGGACGGUUGUCGUGUUUGACGCAGACUCGAGAAAGGCAGGGAGAGGAUAAUAAUAACAAUAAUAAUAGUGGUAAGGGUGAGAGGAUGGAGAUGGAGAUGGAGGAGAGAAGAAGAGAAGAGGAGGAGGAGGAGGAGGAGAAGAAGAAGAAGAAGAAGAAGGGAUUGGAGGCAGACACACAAAAGGGGGGACGGAAGCAGGAAAGACGAGGAGAAGGACGAAAUCAGCCACGGGACACACACAAGGAAAGUAAAAAAUAA